AUGCUACAAACUUUAUUCCUUUGGUAUUUGUUAUUACAAAUGCUAGUUCCGGCUAAUGCAGCUACAACUACCUUGUCAGGACCAGUGACUGUCAGUCGUCCAUACACCAAUUUACCCAAGCCAACGGCAAAUUAUCCAACUCUGUGGAAUGGAAACAGUAUCUGUAGCUCCAGUCUUGGAGCGCUUUCCAAACAAAAUAAUGAACCAAAACUAAAGAUAUUUGAAUUUAAGUCUAUCAAGUGGAUCGAGGAUAAUUUCUAUGAAGUAAUGAUUGAAUUUGAAAUUGACAGUAAAGCUUACACAGAAUCUGAAUUGCGUGCAAUUUAUAUCUUUUCCCUACAAACUCCAAAUGACUAUCUUGGAAGUGUUGAACUUUUUGCUACCUCGUGGCAACAAAACCUUCUCGGCAAUUCUCCAUUCCAUUUCUAUUUUUCUUGGGUGAUGGAAGCCGAAAAUAUUAAUCAAUUAACUUGCACAACCCCAUUCCAAGUUUAUUAUGAUUGGGAUACUUAUUACGCUACUUAUCAACAUGGCUGUUUUUCUGAUCAAUUAACUGAUUUACCAGCUCAAUGUUGGAAUGCGAAAAACUUUGUUCAGGGUGUUUCUCAACUGGAUACUAAAACUAGUUCAGAAUCAAAGACAACACCCACUAAAGAAACUUCCAAAGUAGGAACUAAUACUAAUGUUGGAGCAUCAUCUGAACUGAAGUAUAAAAGUACAACAGAACAAGAAUCUAAAAGCACCACAAAACCAGGAAAUCAAUCCAUAAUUGAAACAAAAGUUCAAAUAAAUACUCAACAGCCAGUUGGAACUAGCAGUGAACACUCUCAUGUGAGCACUAGUAUGCAGAAUCCCAGCACUAGUGAUUCAAAAGCUCCAUCUAGCACCAAAAAUGAAAUUCAAACUACUUCAAAACCAGAACUUGGAAUUAGUCAUGACCUUGAAGAGGAAACUAUUAGUUUGCUGGCAAUCUCUAUUGAAACAGAAAUUAUCGAACAAGAAAUUUCUACUCCCGACUCAACUAUAUCAGAUACUGAAGAGAAGGAUACACCUACAGUUGAUGGCACAGCCACGCCCGUUAAUGAUGAAUCGACUAUAGAACCAAACUUUGAAAUCAUAACUACAGUCACAAGAACAACCACUACAUACGUUACAGCAACUGUGUGUAGUUCUGAUUGUCAACCAAGCAGCAAUGAUUCAGUUGCAAGCGAUGUAAACAUUAUUACUUCUGAUGAAGGAGCAUAUCCAACUUUAGUUGAAUCUGUCUAUACUUCAAUUACCUCAAAUAAUGCUUCUAAAACUAUGGCCGAUUAUAUACCUAUUCCUGGAAAUUCGACCAAUACACUUAAUGCCAACUCAGUUGAAAUGUUUGAAGGUUCCGCUUCUGCUAUAUCAACAAACUGCUUAUUAGUGGUUUUGUAUUUGUUUUCAAAUUUUAUAUUUGUUUAAUUAGUUUAUAUUAGAAGUAUUUGAAGCAUACUCAAACAUAUAUCUGCAUCUUAUGACACGUU